AUGAUCACAAACGGAGAAAAGUACGCCUGCGAGAGUUGCAUUCGCGGCCAUCGUGUCGCUCAGUGUCAACAUACGGGUAACUACAUCAUCUAUGGCUUUUCAAGACUGAUACUGACGCAUUCAGAUCGCCCGCUCCAACAUGUCGGAAAAAAGGGCCGUCCGGUAUCGCAGUGCAAUCACUGUCGCACUCUUCGAACCUCGAGAUCAGUUCAUACCAAGUGCAAGUGCGGCUCAACUUCUCGUCAGGUCACCCUCAAGCUGUUCGGUGAAGAGCGAUGCCUUUGCCGUGAGGGAGGCGACUGCACGUGCGCGUACAAGACUGGCCAGAAGCAUUGCGGGUCAUCUACUUCCUCACCCUCAGUAAUUUCCGGCGAAAAAAGUCCCGAGAUACCUGAGACGGCCGGCAUCAGUCCUCAUCUAGCGUACGCAACACCGUUUAUGACGAUAGGUGAGGAUAGUCGUGGUAGCGAAUCCUCUUAUGCCCUCAGCAGUCAUCCAGAAUACGCAACACCGUUUAUGGCGAUGGAUCCGGAUGUUCCUGUUCGCGCCGGCACACAGCCUGGAUUCAUCCCUGAUCACCUGAACGGCGAACAUACCCCGCCAGUCAGCUUUACCCCGAGCGAACCUGUCCAUGAGAAGGACCCCCGGGCGCCACCCGACAAUGUCACCCAUCUCACCACAUCUCAAACACCAGAUUGGCUCGGGGAUUUGGAUUCAGUUCUGGGGCCAAUGCCAGACGAACCGGCGAAAUUCCUUAUGCCGGAAUUCGAUGAUCCAUUAGUAUCAAUGGACCCUUCCCAUCUGGCUCAAGUCUGGGACGAUCUGACACUACCCGAACAGCCCGAGAAUCUAGAUGAGGUUCUUGCACUUGGCACAGACUUGCCCUCGAUUCCUUUUGAACAUGAGGACCAUCUAGAGAGUUUUGAGUACGGAUCAUGA